AAAGGCUGGCCUCCGCUGCUGUAAAUCGUAAGUUGGUUUUGGAGCUUGGAAAAGAAACAUGUCUGGACGCGGCAAAGGAGGCAAAGGCUUGGGCAAAGGAGGCGCCAAGAGGCACCGCAAAGUCCUUCGCGACAACAUCCAGGGCAUCACCAAGCCCGCCAUUCGCCGCCUGGCUCGCCGUGGGGGCGUCAAGCGCAUUUCGGGACUGAUCUAUGAGGAAACCCGGGGCGUCCUGAAGGUCUUCCUGGAGAACGUGAUCCGCGAUGCCGUGACUUACACCGAGCACGCCAAGAGGAAGACCGUCACCGCCAUGGAUGUGGUCUACGCCCUGAAACGGCAAGGCCGCACUCUUUACGGCUUCGGCGGCUCGAAGUCCGCGCCUGCUCCCAAGAAGGGAUCCAAGAAGGCGAUCACCAAGACCCAGAAGAAGGGAGACAAGAAGCGCAGAAAGAGCAGGAAGGAGAGCUACUCCAUCUAUGUCUACAAGGUGCUGAAACAGGUGCACCCCGACACCGGCAUCUCCUCCAAGGCCAUGAGCAUCAUGAACUCCUUCGUGAAUGACAUCUUCGAGCGCAUCGCCGGGGAGGCCUCCCGCCUGGCGCACUACAACAAGCGCUCCACCAUCACCUCUCGCGAGAUCCAGACCGCCGUCCGCCUCCUGCUUCCCGGGGAGCUGGCCAAGCACGCCGUCUCCGAGGGCACCAAGGCCGUCACCAAGUACACCAGCUCCAAUUUCUCGUUUUCCUUCUGGUCGGAUACCUUUCUAUAUAAAGUCCUAACCCAACGUGAAGGCAACAUUGUAUCGCCGGUUUCUGAGAGAGGAGGAUCUACAGGAGCUGAAGCAAUAAUGUCUGGACGCGGCAAAGGAGGCAAAGGCUUGGGGAAAGGAGGCGCCAAGAGGCACCGCAAAGUCCUUCGCGACAACAUCCAGGGCAUCACCAAGCCCGCCAUUCGCCGCCUGGCUCGCCGUGGGGGCGUCAAGCGCAUUUCGGGGCUGAUCUAUGAGGAAACCCGGGGCGUCCUGAAGGUCUUCCUGGAGAACGUGAUCCGCGAUGCCGUGACUUACACCGAACACGCCAAGAGGAAGACCGUCACCGCCAUGGAUGUGGUCUAUGCCCUGAAACGGCAAGGACGUACUCUUUACGGCUUCGGCGGCUAAGGAGUUCUCCUUGAAACCCUGAUUUCUCCAAAAAGUAAUCUCAACGGCCCUUUUAAGGGCCACCCACACUUUCAAGGAAAGGGCUUGAUUCCUUAUCCAACACCCCGCGGUGUAACUAACCAUGAAUAACACGUUUUUUUCCAUAAUCAGACUUAAAUAAAUAUAUUUAAUGUAAUGGUUGUAAAGGUAGGAUUUUAACAUUUGUGUUGGGUGCCACUAGAAUUGCUCUUGAAUAUUUUGUACUGCUUAUAAACUUGGUGGAAUAAUCUCGGGUGUUCCUAAGUGAAAUAAAAGCUCUUCGAUCCGGCCAGAGGA